GGAUUAUUAUUAUUUUUUUGUGUGUGUGUUGUGGUGGAGGGGGGCCCAAGUAAAUUCUUGCCCAGGGUCCAAUUAAUAUUAAAGACGGCCCUGGAUCUGUCAUUUUUUCCAAACUGAAAGUACUGCCCAUGCUGCCCACCGGCAGUCAGCAGCCAAGUGAAUCUUACCCUCAGCUGCUAUUGGCUGGGAGAGAGAGGGCAGCACUGCCAUUGGCUGCCUGUGUAUUUCAGCCUAGCAGGGCCUGCAGAGGCAGAAAAGAAUGUGACUUUGGGAUUUAACAUCAGGAAACAUCGUUGCGCGCCCCUCCCCCCGCCACCACGCCUAGAGGAAGAAGGCAUGAGGACAGAGUACAUCAGAACUGUCUGAAGCAAUACCGUGGACGAAAGGAAAACUCUUGAAAGCUUGUCUUGGUCCUUUUUACAGAAGAAUGGCAAAGACGCUGCUGCUAGUGGACGUGGACUGUGGUGUGGAUGAUGCUCAAGCUGUGAUGAUGGCUCUGGCAGCACCAGAGGUUGAAGUCCUAGGAAUAACAUGCUGCUUCGGGAACACCACUGUUGACCGCGUCUGUAAGAAUGUCCUGAGGGUCCUUCAAGUGUGUAACAGAAUGGAGAUCCCAGUGUUUCGUGGUGCAUCUAAUUCACUUUUGGCAGAAGUUAAUCCCCAGUUUACCCAUUUUGGAGGCGAUGGGUUGGGAGAUGCAGAUGAUCCAAACAGCCCGGGACUGGAACACUUACAGAAGGAAGAUGCUGUGCAUGCCCUCGUAAGGAUCGUUACUCAGUAUGAGGGGCAAAUAAACCUGGUGGCCUUGGGACCCUUGACUAAUCUGGCCCUGGCAGUCAAGAUUGAUCCAAGUCUUCCCAAAAAGCUGAAUAAACUGUGUAUAAUGGGAGGAAACAUGGAAGGCAGAGGGAACAGAACAGCUUGUGCAGAAUUUAACUUUUACUUGGAUCCGGAGGCUGCCUAUAUUGUGACAAAUGAGUUUACCUGUCCUACGUUUAUUGCUGCUCUGGAGUUCACCCAGGAGAACUGCCUUACUACGGAAUAUUUUAGAGACUGGGUAAACCAGGACACAGAGAAAGCCAGAUUUAUGAAGAAGAUCACAGCAAAGUGGCCUCAGAAACAAUAUUUUGUCUCUUAUGACUCAUACGCUAUGGCUGCAGCAAUUGAGGAGAAUAUCAUCACAGAAUAUGUGAAAUGUGCCGUGAGCGUGGAGCUUCAUGGGAGGUAUGCCAGGGGGAUGCUGGUCUUGGACACAGAGGACAAGUGGAAGAAGGAGCAUAAAGUUUUCCUGAUGAAGAAAUGUAAUCUAGAUCGAUUUAAAGAACGACUAUGGAAUUCUCUUCUAUAAUACAUAACAGAGGGACUAUAAAAAAAAGUAAUAAAUGUUUCACCAAAUUAA